AUGGCCGCGUCCACCCUGUCUGUCUGCUCCAGCGACCUGAGCUACGGCAGCCGCGUCUGCCUGCCCGGCUCCUGGGACUCCUGCCCCGACUCCUCCUGGCAGGUGGACGACUGCCCAGAGAGCUGCUGCGAGCCCCCCUGCUGCGCCGCCCCCUGCUGCGCCCCCAGCUGUUGCCAGUCCAGCGGCUGCACCCCCAGCGGCUGCGCCCCGACCUCCUGCCUGACCCUCAUCUGCACCCCCGUGAGCGGCGGGUCCAGCCCCUGCCAAUCAGCCUGCACCAGCUCCUGCCAGCCCUCCUGCUGCAGCUCCUCCCCCUGCCAGGAAGCCUGCGGUGCGUCCGUCUGCUGCACCCCUGUCUGCUGCAAGCCCGUCUACUGCACCCCUGCCUGCUGCAAGCCCAUCUGCUGCACCCCUGUCUGCUGCAAGCCCCUCUGCUUCACCCCUGUCUGCUGCAAGACCUCCCCCUGCUCAGCCCCCUCCUGCAGCUGGCCCAGCCCCUGCUCCUCGUCCUGCUGCAGGCCUUCCUCCUGCGUGUCCCUGCUCUGCCAGCCCGUGUGCAGGCCCGCCUGCUGCGUGCCCGCGUCCUCCUGCCAGCCCAGCUGCUGCCGCCGGGCCUCCUGCGUGUCCCUGCUCUGCCGGCCCGUGGGCUCCCGCCAGGCCUGCUGCGUGCCCGCCUCGGCCCAGAAGUCCUGCUGCUGA